GAAAAACCACUCGCUCUCUUCAUUCAACUUCCUCUUCGACUCGGAGACGAGGACCCUCCCAGGCUGUUUCCCGCCUCCCAGGAGAUACAGAGUUCUCCUUCUCCUCGUCUUCUCUUCUUUUUCUCUCUCCGGUUCUUCAUCCUUUCCUUCUGCUCUGCUUCUUUCGCACCCCACUCAUCCUCCGUUCUCUCUCCACUCUUGUUCUCUCUCCACUCUUGUUCUCUCUGCUUCGUCUUCGCUGUCCGCGCUCCUCGGUUCUCCUGAGAGAGCUUCCCAAAAAGCUCUGGUUGAGUCCUCCCCAAAGCACAGCCUCGUCGCUCUCUCGGAGAAGCGUAAACGCGUCGCUUUCAGUUCUUGUUUUCGUCCUCGUGGUUUCUCAAGGCUAUUCGGCCUCUGCGUCGCGCAAACUUGCUUCGUUCCAUGUCGUUCGCCUCACCCUGGGUCUCUCAUCGUCCUUUCAAUUUUCCGUCUCCGAUCUCUUCACUUCCACCUCCCUUCUUCCCUGCUCUUCUUGACGGAAUCCUGUUUAUCUGGGGAAAAGGACUGCCUCUUUUCUCUCCUUUCUCGUCUGAGUUCCUGCGUCGCGCUUUUCUCCGCGGGACUGGAGAUCUUCUGAUCUUUUUUUCUGUCUGUUCCAAUCUCCUUCUUCCGCAUGGCUCUCGUCGCCGCCAACGCCGCAGGAGCUGCUCUCUCUGUCGCUCCUGCAGACGCACCCUCUGCCCUCGCGCAAAAUGCCCGCGAUGUAUUUCAGUCGGACCGAAAAUCCGGUCUCGAGGCGCCGACAAUGCGCCUGAGCGGGCAUGAGGGGGAGGUACUCGCUGUCAACUUCUCUCCCGACGGACGCAACAUCGCCUCUGCAGGUGUUGACAGAGACAUUCUGAUUUACAACGUUUACGGGGAGAUUUCGACUUGGCAAACUCUGAAGGGUCACUCCAAGGCGAUCCUCGACUUCCGCUGGUCUUCCGAUGGCUCACAAAUUUACUCGGCUUCGGCGGACCAAACGGCAGGCGUCUGGGACGUGGAGACUGGCGAGAGAGUGAAGAAGCUCAAGGGCCAUGUGGGCAUCGUGAAUGCAUGCAGCGUCGCGUCGAAAGAAGCAGCCGAAUGUCCAAACAGAGCGACCUACGGAUGCUCCUCUCUCUUUGUUACGGGCGCAGACGACGGCACCACGCGUGUAUGGGAUCUGCGCAUUCGCCGAAGCGUCAAAAAAUACGAGCAUCAAUACCAGAUUCUGUCGGUCGCUCUCGACGGUCACGGCGGCCGCGUCUUCGCCGGGUGUCUCGACAACACAAUUCGGGUCUACGACCUGCGCGGCGGCGACGCAGAGAGCGACGUGUAUGAAGGUCACACAGACAGUGUGACAGGACUGAGCAUUUCUGCGUCUGGCGCGACUCUCCUCAGCAACGCGAUGGACCAUACCGUCCGCGUCUGGGAUAUCCAGCCGUUCGUCCACGGUGGCAAGCGCCUGGUAGCUGCUCUUCGCGGCGCAACCCACAAUUUUGAAAAAAAUCUCCUGCGCGUCUGCUGGAGCGCAGACGAGCAAUUCUGCAGCGCCGGUUCAGCUGAUCGAUACGUCUGCGUAUGGAGCAUGGAAGAAGUUUUGCGAGAGAAGGGAGUCGGCGCCGGAACUUCGCCGUUGCUCUACAGACUCCCCGGGCAUUCUGGAUCGGUCAAUGACGUCUGCUUCCACCCUACGGAACCUGUCAUUGCGUCGGCCAGCUCAGACAGGACAGUCUUCAUGGGCGAGUUGUCUUAGGCAACUCUGAAGCAGACGAAAACGAAGACGAACCUGAGGAGCUUCGACUGCCGUUCUCCUCAAAAUCUCAAAUUGCAAGUCUGAACUGUGUCGGUUCAACGCUGCCGUUUCAGAGCUCCAGUUUCCUGAAUUCGAAGUCAAUUCAUCCGCGAGAGAAAGGAGAGGGAACAAGCGAGGACAUGGGAGAAAAAAAGAAACGAGAAGAAAGCUGGAGAGAAGAUACACAGAGAAGACAGUCGAAAAGACGCGACGGAGAGGAAAGACGCGACAACCUCCAGAGAUGAAGACCUUUGCGACGCGCGUACCGAAGUUGUUGAAAGACGCACCUCUGAGACUCUACACUGCGUUGAUUCAACAUGUAAAUGCUCAAUAUAUAUGUAUAUAUAUGUAUACAUAUGUGUAUAUAUAUGUAUAUAUACAUGUAUAUACACCGGAUCGCAGAGUUACACAUUCAUCGAUUUGAAUACUCAUAUAUGUAUAUACGUACAUGUAUCUGACGAUGUCGCAUGCGUUUGAUUAUGUGUAAGGAAGUAAAGGUUAGGAGAAGAAAAAUCGAAUCGACAAGCACGGAUCCGCCGCGCCUGUGCGUAUGACUUUCACCCACUGUCUGCGCAUGCAUCGGCUUUUAGAGGAAUGCAUGCGCAGCUCCACUCGUGUGCAUCAAGAGAACUCGUUUUAUUUUGAAACGUUUGGAGGGUCCCAUCGAUCGAGAAACGCCAGUGGAAGCGCUGUGGUGUGGAGUCUUCCUCUCAGUUUAUUUUUCUCUUUUUCAGGAACGCUCUGUGUCCUCGCGUCUCUCUUUUUGCGUGUGUCUGUCCAAAGCAACCUUGUUUUUCUGCCCUCUCUGUUCUUUUGACUUCUGCGUUUUCGUGAACCGGAAAAAGAGCUUUCACGAGAAAGAGACGCAGCUGCUUCAUGUGUAUUUCUCGCCUCCAACUGUAUCGUUUUUUGACAGAAGAAGCAUGCUCUCAUUGGCUGUCUCCCGCUGUAUACCCUUACGCACAUGCGUAUGUGUGAGCAUUUCUGCUGUGCGAGAGAUAUAUGUUUUAACAACUCUAUGUCUCCUCUCCGAUUCGCUUAUUCCUCUCGCUCCGCCAUUCAUGCCUCGCCUCAUUCUACUGAGAGAGAAGCGAACUCUCAGACGUUUCCGUGAGCACACCCAAACAGCUCCACUUUCAAUUACACACUGUCGUAUGCAGUACAUCUGAAUUUAGGAAUUUCAGUAGUUGUCUUGGUUUAUUUCGAUUCCUGAGGGAGAGAGACUGUUGAAAUCGACUCUCCAAUCUGGAUAGAAAAGCAUGCGCCUGUCUAAGCAUACCUGCAUACGCCAGUGCAUGCUGGAACAUGUGACCGUGUUUAAAGUGAGCCGCGAUGCAUGCAAAUCUGUUCUCUUUGCCGCUUCUCAUGCAGUUUUUUCAGUCCCCCUCCCGUCUCCAGCGAACCUGCGUUGGUUCGGGAGAUUCCUCUUGAGAAACAUAAAACAUGUCUGUA